ACAUUAUCAGUGACUCUAUGGUUACCAUAGCAGCGGCCAAACACUGUCAAGCCAUUGUAAACCUAAGCUACUUUCUACUCUGCUUUUUUAAAACGUUAAUAAAGAUUUACCCGUCAAAUUACUUUCAAGAAUAUCAGAGGAGAACGUGCUGUGUUUGAGCUUUAGGUUUUUGACCGUUUAGGUGUGAGAAAUUUGCCAUGUUAGAGCAGGAGAGUGAAACUGAGCCCAGUUGCGCCGCGGAGCAAAAAAUGUCACAAGAAGUCAUUCAGACCGAAACUGAGGACGAUUAUGAUGCUGAAGACCAGAGACGACUAAACGAUAUAAACCAACAAGGAGGCGAAACCAACAAGAUAAUUUCAUCCAGUGAUGUUGGAAACUCAACAGCUACGGUUAAGAUCUUGCUGAUGCCAGAGAGGCACAUGAUAACCUUGGCCUUCACUAUUGGCCUCACAAUCCUGGAUCUGAAAAAACACUUCAGCUUUGAGCUGAGGGUCCCAUCAGACAUCAUACAAAUCACUCUAGAUGAAAAAAGUGUAGAUGAUGACCAGACGCUGAUGGAUAUUGGCGUACAGCCACAUGGGAUGGUCCAGUUUGAGAUGAGCUCGCUAGACCCGGAGAAUUACCCCAUAAGACCCGUCAAACCACAGCAGGAGUACAACAUGCCGGAUGUCAUCACUGUCAGAGUGCAAACAGACACAGAGACUUUUCAGGAUGUGGUGGUAGAGAUUGAGAGAGCCACUCGUGGGAAGGCAUUUCUGGGAGGAUACCGUCAUAAGUUGACCAAAGCUGAGUAUCAUCAUGCUGCUGUACAGACUAUGCGCAAGAAGAGGCCCGACAGGGGCAUUGAGACCUUCAGCAGGGAUACACAGACGGUUGAGUUGAAAAACCAGGCUCAGCAGUGCUCUAAGAACGCCUCGACUCAGAUGACCAAAAUCGGCUGUUUUGUGUCCAACAUGGAGGACAAGCUCAUCACCCCAGGGACUUACAUCACUGCAGAGGAGUAUCACGGCAAGAGACUAAGAGCUGUCAUCACACUACAGUCACAUGUCAGGCGCUGGCUAGCCAAGUGUUUCACAGACAGCUUGAGACAGGUUAAAGAGCAGCACAUGGCAUGGAUGGAAAAUGAAAAGAGAAGGAAGAGAGAGGAGAAAGAGCAGCAGAUCAGAGAUGAAUAUCACCGCAGGAUGAAUCCCGAGUCGAAGGGAGACUUUGAUCUGCUUUAUAAUGCCUUGCAAAAAUGGAGGAUAGAGGAAGUGGAACGCAUCAAUGUCACCUUAUCUGGUGCGGAGAGAAAGGCAGCGCUGUGCGCUCUACUGGAGCAAGAGACCCAGUUCAUCUCCUCCAUAGAACGGCACAGAAUGGCUGCCGGCACGAGGAACCAAGAUAACGCCAUACAAGCCUUCCUCAACAAGUCUGCGGAGCCAAAGAGAUGGCGUGCAUUUGACGGGAAGGUGACACAAAUGGACACACAGUUCACCAUCAGAGCCAAGGAGCUGCGAGAUCUGUACAGUAGCAUCACGCAGGCUCAAUUCACAAAGGACGAACAUCUGGAUGUGCUACUCACUCUCAAACACACCGUAAAGGAACAUAAAUGUAAGCUUACACAGGAUAUAGUGGACUUGAUUGACAGGGAGAUGGACCUGCUGAUGAGGGGUGUGAAAAAGAGCAACCUGGACGGGUUGAGAAAGAGGAUAUCCACCCUCUUCCUUCAGUACAUCAAAACCCCUGCGUUCAACCCUCAGGUGUCCAAACUUCUACGGGUGCCUCAGGAUCCUGCCGACCUGAAAAAGAACAUCUAUUUGUGUCGUGGCUGUAAUGAGUAUCAGUUAUCCACUGACUUUGCUCUGAAGACUAACUCAUCCGCAGUCGGCCUCUGUCGCCGCUGUAUGGAGUUAGACAAUGAGGCCCGUCAAAGAGAAGACUUAUCUCUCUACAAGAACAUUCUCAGGUGCUUGCGUGACACUGAGGCCGAGUGCAGCCCAGAUGCCAAAAUCACUUACCUGCUGCAGGAUCAGGACCUGCGGUACCUGGUAGAUGUACUUUGGGGAGCUCAAUCCGCUUUGAGCGGCUGGAAAGACCUUCAUGAUUUAAUGCUGGUGCGCUGGGAGAAGCAUUUGGACUGGAGCCCGUGGAACUGCAUCCUCCUCACGAAGGACGAGGCGGCUGCACAUUUGAAACUAGAGAACAUCGAGAAGGCAUACGAUGUGGUAGUUAUCCGCAAUGUCAAGCAGAAACACACACUGGCCAGGAAGUACUUCUCUCAGAUACCUGCGAUGGCCGAAUAUCUGCACAAUGCUGAGAUUCAGCCUGCUGCCCUCGGCAAUCUGCUGGUCUCCAAGCCCAUCACCAAGGCGACCAAGUAGAAUCGCUAAGAGGUUACCCACAAUCCUGCGGGGUGCUCAGGGACUUCUGCUGCUUUACUAUUUCUCAACUUCAGACAGUUUAGAGGUCUAAACCUCUUUUAGCAUUCUUCCUCUAGAUCAUUUAUCGAAUUUGAAUAUCUUAUAUGGUAAUUAAAACCAGGAGUUGCUGGGCCUCUCUCUG